AAGCAUAUGUGCUAAUACCAAUUACUUACUUGACACUUUCCUAACGAAACAUGGACAGUAAGAGGCAAAUAGUGCUAUUGCUAAAUUAAACAACGUUUUUUUUUUCUGACUGUGAAGAGAGGGAUAGUCACCUUUCAGCUCCGGAAAACAAGCCACGGAGAGAAAGCAAUAAAUAACCCCCCUCCACCCCUUAGUAUCGUCCCUUCUAUCUUCGUAGCAUCAACUACCCUUAUGCUGGGGACUCACAGUCAGUCACUUGAGAUCCUGGAGCUGCUGUAACAAGUGAGGUGUACUUGUCAAAAGAUCUAAGACAACAACAACAACUGCAACAUAGUUAUUUCAUCUAAAUUUCCUCCUUUUUAUGAACUGAGCACUGUAGCUACACCAAGAACUGAAUUCACAAUAACUAUCAAGCCUAAUUCUAUAACUCUACACAGCACAACUGUACCAGAAUCUAUACCUUCUCUUUUCUUCAAAUACUGUACUAUGGCAUCUGGGAGACUAGAGCGUCCACCACAACCAACAGAUCCACCCUCAACUGGUUGUUUCCCAGCAAGCUCUACCGUGCAACUUGAAGAUGGCUCGUUCAAGCAAAUUAAAGAUGUGAAAAACAAGGACAGAAUUCUAGCAGUAGAUAGACAAGGAAAACUAUUGUUCAGCGAAGUUAUACUAUUAAUGGAUGUGGUCUCUGAUUAUGUGGGUGAAUUUGUUGGUAUUGUAGCAGGUGGUGGACAUUUGCAGCUCACACCAGCUCAUGUUUUGUUUGUUGCAGACACUAACAAGUCUUUGUCAUUUGAUCCAGUAUCUAUUUUUGCUGGGCAGGUUAAAGAAGGACAGUUUGUGUUUGUCGUAAAACCUGGCAAUAAAGAUGUAGAGCCUGUUAGAGUUGAGAAGGUUUACAGGGUUCAAGGUUAUGGUGCCUAUGCCCCCCUUACAGAAGAGGGAACAGUUGUUGUAGAUAACAUCCUGGCAUCCUGCUAUGCAGUUUUCAGCAAUCCCAGCAUAGCGCAUUGGUCUCUUGCCCCAUUCCGCUGGUUAAACAGUAUGAACAAAGUACUGGAGUGUUUCACUUCUGCUUCAGUAAAUCUUGGCCAAGAUACUAAACAUGGAAUAGCCUGGUAUCCCAGAAUUCUCUAUCAAAUUGCUAAAGCCCUUUAUAUUGUAUAAAGGAUUACACUAUCAUGGAUAGUUUACCAAAAAGUGGUAAGAAUUAAUGUAGCACAGCUAUUCCAUUAAUCAUUUUAAUUUAGAUAGGAACACAGAAAACAUCAGAAAAUGAAUGCCUAGUUGAUAAAUCCAUAUAUAUUGUUUGCUUCAUGCAUCAGAACAAAACAAAAAACAGAAAGCACUUGAAAUGUGUUUUGUUUUUCACAUAUAUGUGACACAUUUACAGGACUGUACAUUUACAAAGUACUUGUCAAUACUGUAUUUGUGGCUGUUUGAAUUUUAAAUUUUGCAUGUUUAUUAUUUAAAUGGUAAUUUAGGAAAUGAACAUCAGAAAGUGGAAGUGUACAUUAUUACAGAGUAUUUCUUAUUUUUUGGCUGUAAUCCUUGCAUAAUUAUGUGCAUUCUGAAUGGCAUGUUUGUGUUGUAAUUGCAUAUAAUACAGAUAAUUGACAAUAA